CUGCUUCAGAGAAGUGACAGCCUUCAGUGUUAUCUGUGACAGCUACUUGACAGUUAAAGCCUGAGAAGAAACGUUCUGGGAGCUUCUAAAAAGGGAGAAAGGCGCCUGCGCAGGGGGAAAUUAACCUGCAGGUUUACGGUGCAACAGAACUGAAAUACCUGUGGGUUAUUUGUUUUUUUUAAGUAUAUUUUCUUUCUAUACCACGUGGGCAAAUCACCAGGGUUCAUGUGUGACAUAUACAGCCUGGACUCUCACUGCGUGUCUCCACAAUGCAACAUGAGUUGGGCGAUGGAGCCUGCUAACUUCUACGAGAGCAGCAAGCUGGGCGGCCCACAGCAGGAGGUCUGCAAGCCGGGCGGGAGGACCGACUGCACGGGCGAAGACAGCACCAUGGUGGAGCUGAGCACCACCCCUGCCAUAUACGACGAUGAGAGUGCCAUCGACUUCAGCCAGUACAUCGAGUCCAUGACAGCCGUACCAAACCUGGAGCUGUGCAACGACGAGCUCUUCCUCGACCUGUUUAAUACUGUGAAGCAGGAGAAAGCGGAUUUCUUCAAUAUGCAGAACUCCGUACUGGCCGGCGGCAUCCAGCAGCUGUCCGCUUCGUACACAUCAGAGAGGAAGAUGGACAACACGCUGGAAAAGGGGGCGUUCAGUGCGCCCAUCAAGCAGGAGGCCGACUGGAGUGACAGCGACAUGUCCUCAUCCUUACCGUCCCAGAUUGAGACCUGCGCUCAGACCUCCGUCAGCCUCCCGACGGGACAACCGACUCCCCCGACAACUCCGGAGCCCGUCUCUGCUGUCAGCUCAGUCAAAUCCUCCCCGAGGAAGAUCAGCAGGGAAAAGGGGAAGAAGGCUGUGGACAGGUUCAGCGUGGAGUAUCGGCAGAGGCGAGAGAGGAAUAACAUUGCAGUGAGGAAAAGCAGGGACAAAGCUAAAAGGCGCAACUUGGAGAUGCAGCAAAAGUUGAUUGAACUGAGUGCUGACAACGACAAGCUUCACAAAACUAUCGAGCAGCUAACCAGAGAGCUCACCGGGCUCAGAGAUUUCUUCAAGCAGAUACCCAAUUCCUCCUUUGUGGGCUCCACGAGCGGAGUGAGCCGGUGACAAAUUCAAUCUUCUGUGAACUGAGCGUUUAGAAGACAUACCUCAACAGACACUUCUUUUUAACCAUCUGUAACAGAUGUAUUUUUAAGCUUACCAUAAUGGCACUGGAAAAUAUGUUGUUGCUGCCAUAUUUUUGUGGGAUUUUCUCAAUUUAAAUUAUUUUACCACUGCAUUUACAUAAUAUACCUGAUAUGGUACAUUUUAUAAUUCCAAACUUUGUAUAAGAGCCAGAGCAUGAUCUUUUAUAUAGUUUGUAUGAAACCUUGAAAACAUUUUGUUUAUUGAAUCUCUAAUAAAGUCACUGAAAAAGUGCAAAGUGA